AAAAGAGUCCCCGAUUCAGAGAGAAGGAAGAAAGGAAGAAAAGAAGAAGAGAGAGAAAGGAAGAAGAGGGAGUAUAUAUCGAUCAGAGAAAUAAAGAAGAGAGUUUUGGGUCUUCCAAUUUCUGAUUCAAAACUACAAACGGAAAAUCCAAAUGCGAAACACAAUGUUGUAAGAGCAAUGGAAGAAGAAGCUAUAUGGGGGGUUCCAAUGAACAAAUAAGAAGAAGAGUGGUAAAAAGCAUUUCUUUUUUUCUGAAUCUGAAUUUUGAAUCAGUUUCAAGAAGCUCAAUAAGAAAUAAAUUUGAAGUCCAAGUGGGGAACUUCAAGGUUUGAAAUUUUAGCAAAAGGUGGUAUUUUGGGUCUGGUUUAGUUGAAUUAUUGGAAAUUUGAACUUAAUUGAAUUGGGAAUAAAGCUAAGGGUUUACUUGAGAGUUACAGGGAGGUAGGUAUUUGUAAUUUGCUGGAAGUGGAGGGUUUCACUGAGUUAAAGUUUUGAUUUUGGUUACUGGGUUGGAGGUUUUUUGGACUUGGAAUUUAAAAAUUUAUGGGAUUGGGAUUUUUGGAGGGAGAGUUAGUUGAGAAUUUGGAUCUCUGGUUUGGAACUCAACCCCUCUUAUCCUUAAACUGUUAAAAGUUAGAGUUUUUAAGAUGGGUUUUGAUUCAGCAAUGCUGGGAUUGGUGCUAGUGGGAGUUAAUCUUGUUUGUUUUAUGGGUUUCUGGAAUUAUGGCAAAACCCUAAUUUAGUGGUGAAUUGGGUUCUUAUUGUGGCUUCUGUGUGUUUUGAGCAGUGGAAAGUUCAAAAUUUUUGCUUGUUGUUGGUGUACAUUUAUGUAUUGACGGAGAUGCAACCGCCAAACCAGCAUUCGCGGAUUAAUCUUUCUGAAUUGAAAGCUCAGAUAGUGAAGAAACUUGGACCAGAGGGGUCAAAGCAGUACUUUUAUUACUUAAAUAGGCUAUUGAGCUUGAAGAUAAGCAAGGUUGAGUUCAAUAAGCUUUGUGUUAGGAUCUUUGGGAGAGAAAACAUUCCAUUGCAUAAUCAGUUCAUUAGUUCUAUUCUGAGAAAUGCCUGUAGUGCAAAGGUUCCUCCACCAAUUAAUGAAGGUGGUAUUGUGAAGCCUGGUGAAGCGGUUGGCAGUAAAGAGCCUGUAGAUGAUGAAUAUGACCAAAAUGGAGCUCAUGUCUCCUCGAACCAGGCGUCAGGUCAACCGAGUUUGUCCAAUGGUGAUGUGUUGCCAUUGUCUCCUCGGAAGGCUAGGACAGGAUUACGUGAUCGUAGGACUGGGGAUCGUCGUAGUGUGCUUGGACCAAAUGGAAAGACUAAUUUUAUUAUCCAACAAUCAACGUUGAUGGAAUCAAGUGACUUCGAUGUUAUUAAGGAAAAUGGGGAUUUGCAUCCAUCUAAUGUCAAGGGGCCUAUGCAGCAUCAUCAAGGAAUCAUGCACCAAACAGAUGAUGAAAGGCAGGCGUUCUGUCGAGAAACUGCAAAAUUUUCUGCUAUGAAGAGAUCACUGGAAAAUUCAGUAUCUUUACAAAACAAAAAAGGCCAGUCUAGAGAUGAUGGGAAAGAGAUGCAUGCUAGGAGUCAACUCCAAGCCCCCCUUGGGGUUCCGUUUUGCCCUGUUAGUGUAGGUGGAGCGCGUAGACCAUUACCUUUGGCAACAAGUAGUAGAUGUGUUAGCUCUUCUAGUUUUGGUGCUUUGUUGGACAGUGUAACUCUGAGGGAACGCAUGGAGCAGAUUGCUGCAGAACAGGGCCUUGAUGGGGUGGCCAUGGAUUGUGCCAAUCUGAUGAACAAUGGUUUAGAUUCUUACUUAAAAGGUUUAAUCAAAUCUUGUCUUCAACUUGUGGGAGCAAGGUCAGGGCACGAACCUACAACAAGCAACGCCAAGAAGCAGCAGACCUAUAUGAAGCUCGUUAAUGGUCUAAGACCAGGUCAUCAUUUUCAGACAAAUAGUGGUAGAUCGUUAGAAGUUGUGGGCGAACAUGCUAUUGAUAACCUUGUAUCAUUGCAAGAUUUUAGGGUUGCGAUGGAGCUGAACCCGCGGCAACUUGGCGAAGACUGGCCACUGCUGCUGGAGAAAGUGUGUACACAUGCAGUUGAGGAAUAAGACAUGUGCACUUUGUUGUCUUCAGGUCAAGCUUGUACCAGUCCUACUGGAUCAGCGGGCACAAUUCUUUCCAAGUUUGGUGCAGUCACUGCACUAGAGUUUUCUUUACAGCCUUUUGAUCCAGUCAACAGCUGUUGAGGUCAAACUUUGUCUCGUUCAAGAUGAUAGGGGCAGGAGCCAGGAAUCUUUGUUUGACCUGCUGCAGGACCUUAAUUUUGGCCAGAGGCAUCCUGUUCAUUAGCAACCACUGAAAGGGGCUUGAAAAAAGAAUUCCCCUGUUGGUUGCACUGUUGUAUCAUUAGCUUAAUUCCCUCUGGGUAUCUGCAUUCUCCUGUAAUUUACAGUCAAUGAGCAAAUUUAGAACAGUUUUGCAGGAAUAAAUGUGUAGCCUAGUACUUCAGCUGAAAGAUGAAACUGAAUGGUGAAAGAGCUGAAUGUGUAUGUAUCUUCAACAUCAAAAUUGAUUGGAACCUAAACAUUAACAUUACAUUUUUUCAGUAGCUUAAUUGAGCUUAUAAUUUUUUUA